UGUGCGGUCGUGUUCAUGUUUGACCACCGCUGCGUACCUACGCGUGGAUUUAAAACGGAAUCGGGCACUCGCGAGUCCGCCGAACUGAGAUCGCUCCCCCUAUUCGUUCCCCGUCUCGCCCGAGUGAGCUUCAAUCGCCGCUUCUCCUCGCUUCGAUUUCCCCGCCCUUCACUUCUUCGACGUCUCCUCGCCCUCCGUGCUCUCCCAGGGAUCGAGCAUGGAGGAUGAGCCGCAGAGUAAGAGGCGCCUCCUCCAACAAAAGCACACGGCGGCGGGGAUCCACGCGCCGCUUAGGGUUUUCCAUCCUUCAUCUUCGCCGAGGAGGGAGGAUGCCGAUCGGAGUUACUUCCAGUCCUAUUCCCACAUUGGUAUCCAUGAGCAGAUGAUUAAGGAUCGUGUUAGGACUGAUGCUUACAGGGAUGCAAUAAUGCGACAUCAGAAUUUAAUUUCAGACAAGGUUGUAAUGGACGUUGGCUGUGGGACUGGCAUACUCUCUAUAUUUUGUGCUCAAGCUGGAGCUAGGCGGGUAUAUGCAGUAGAAGCAAGUGAGAUUGCCAUUCAGGCUGAGAUUGUUAUGAGAGACAACAACCUAUCUGACAAAGUCAUCAUCCUCCAUGGGCGAGUUGAGGACAUUGAGAUUGAGGAAAAAGUUGAUGUGAUAAUUUCGGAAUGGAUGGGCUAUAUUCUACUGUAUGAGAGUAUGCUGACCAGUGUAAUCUUUGCUAGGGAUAAAUGGUUAAAACCUGGUGGACUUAUUCUUCCAUCUCAUGCCACAAUCUACAUGGCGCCAUUUACAUAUGAUGAGAUGUAUGAAAGCACCAUCAAUUUUUGGCGUAAUGUCUAUGGGAUUAAUAUGUCCGCAAUGAUUCCUCAUGCCAAACUGUGUGCAUUUGAAGAACCUGCUAUAGAAACAAUAGGCGGUGAAAAUAUUUUAACAUGGCCAUCUGAAAUCAAGUACUUGGAUUGUUAUACUGUUGCUGCUCGCGAUCUUGAAUCGAUCACCACAGAGUAUAGAUUUCGAUCUUUAGUACAAGCCCCUCUUCAUGGAUUUGCAUUUUGGUUCGAUGUUGAGUUCAAUGGUCCAGCAGUAGUACCUUCAGAAAGCCAUUCCCAACUCACUGAUGGAAGUUCAUCUUUCAACUCGUCAAAUGGUUCUAGCCACAGGAAGAAGCGAGUUAAAUCCGAUCAAGUAAUUGUUCUGUCCACUUCACCUGAAGAGGCUCCAACACACUGGCAACAGACUCUGCUAUACCUUUAUGAACCUAUUGAGGUAAAACAAGAUCAAAUCAUUGAAGGAUCGGUGACAUUGGCUCAGUGCAAAGAGAACUCGCGUUUUAUGAAUAUUCAGCUCCAGUAUCGGUUUUGCACUAGCAGUACUGGAGGUCAGUCUUUUGUAAAAGAAUCUGUAUUGCGAUGAUUUUUUCUGCCUGUCAUCUCUUGUUGGAUCCGCGGCUUUCUGUUUACACCAAAUAAGGCAGAAGUCCAUCAAUGCCUGCUAGAUUGUGGCUUCUGGUUGUAUUGGUGUAGCUUGGGUCCUGCAGGAAGAGAUUAGUGCCAGGCGCAACGUGUCCCGUCUUAUCAAUUGAAGCAAAUCACCCAAGCGUUGGGCAUUUUUGGAUAUAUAGAACAUUAGGGGAUAUGUGUACCUUGCUAUUAAUGUUAUUUCAAUAGAACGUCAGAGAUAUGUAGCUUUACUCUAUAUCAUUCAGUUAUUGUACUUUUUAUGAUUUUUAUCCAUCAUCAUAAAGUGAAAAA